AAUUAGGUACGCUAUCUCAACUAUAACACACCCUCUCUCUCCCUCUUCUCUCUCUGUGGUAGGGUUCUUCUUCACUUCCCUUUCUCAACCCAAAACCAUUCUUCAAUCUCUGCCAUGACCUAAUUCACAUAACUCUCCGCACACAUCACUUCGCGAAGCGCGUUCAACUUCGCCUCUUCACCGUUCGCGUUUCUCUCUUCCUUCAUGGAUGGCUUUGGUGCCGCUGCUCCCAGCACCGAUGAUCACAAAUCAUUAGGACAAACUUCCAAAAAUGGUGAAGUAUUUGAUGCAUCACAAUAUGCAUUCUUUGGGAAAAAUGCUGUUGAGGGAAUUGAGUUGGGGGGUUUAGAAGAGGAAGAUGAAUAUAAGGCCAUGCUUGCUGUGGAAUUCAACGAGGAAGAUUUAUUUCUCAAUAAAGAAGAGGCAGAGGAUAUAAGAUCACUUUCUGAUAUUGAUGAUCUUACUACAACUUUUUUAAAGUUGAACAAGGUUGUUAGUGGACCAAGAAGCCCGGGAAUUAUUGGUGAACGGGGAUCAAGAGAAAAUUCCUCUGCUUCUGAAUGGUCACAAAGGGAUGACGUUCCCUACUGGUUUGAUCAGCAAAGCUAUGACAGUGAAGGGCAAGGAUCUCAGGAUGGCAAUAGAUGGUCAUCACACCCCCAUUCUUCUCUAACUCAGCUACAUGACUCAAGACCCUUGUACAGAACAUCUUCAUAUCCUGAGCAGCAGCGACAGCUGCAACACCAACUCCAACAUUGCUCUAGUGAACCCGUACCUAACUGGUUUGAUCAGGCUUUUUAUGAUAGUGAAAAUACUGAGGAUGGAAAGCGGUGGUCAUCACAACCACAUUCCUCUACUGCCCAAUUACAAGAAUCAAAGACCUUGUAUAGAACAUCUUCUUAUCCUGACAAGCGACCAGAGCUUACUCGGUUUUCUAGUGAACCUAUUUUGGCACCAAAAUCCUCAUUUACAUCGUAUCCUCCACCUGGUGGUAGGUCCCAACAUUCUUCCCCAAAUCACAGUACAGGUCACUUGAACAUUCCUUUUCAUACUGGUGGAGCUCAGGUGGCUUUACCGUCACAAAAUCGUUCACAUUAUUUCAAUUCUGCGCUACAGUUGAGUGGACCAAAACAUGAAUCACAUUUUAGUGGAAAUGUGCGCCCAUUUACUACUAGCUCACCUCUAAAUUAUCGAAUGCAGAAUCCCUGGGUCAACCAAUCUGGGUUGUAUUCUGGAGAUCAUCCAAACCUCCUCAGUAAUAUGUUGCAGCAACAAUUACAGCAUCAGAGUGGAUCAUUAUCACCUCAUUUAUUGACCCAAUUGCAGCAGCAUAGACAUCUUCAUCCCAUUCACAAACCAGGACGCUACAUGUCAGGUUUCCAAUCCCAUUUAUUGAACCCUCAGCUUUCUUCUGGAUCAUCCAUGGUUAGCAAAUAUGAUCAUAUGCUUGGUCUUGCCGAUACCAGAGAACACAGGCCAAAAUCAACUCAUAAGGGUAAACAGAGUCAUCGUUUUUUGCUACAAGGUUCCGAUGCUAGUAGCCAGAAGAAUGAAAGUGGUUCACUACAGUUUAGGUCAAAAUAUAUGACUAGUGAUGAAAUUGAGAGUAUUCUUAGAAUGCAGCAAGCUGUGACUCAUUGCAACGACCCCUAUCAUGAUGACUAUUAUCACCAAGCUUGUCUUGCUAAAAAAGAUGGGGCUAAGUUGAAACAUUCAUUUAGCCCAACACAACUAAAAGAUGUUCCCGCACGAAUCCGUGCCAAUCUGGACACCCCUGGUUCUUUUCAGGUGGAUACUUUAGGGAGGUUUUCAUUCCUUGCUAUUCGUAGACCUCAUGCUCUUCUUGAAGUUGAUCCAUCAAAUUCUUCCACUAGUGGUAGUUCUGAGCGAAAUAUUUCAGAGAAGCCCCUUGAACAGGAGCCUCUGUUUGCAGCCAGAGUCGCAAUUGAAGAUGGUCUUUAUCUUCUUCUUGAUGUAGAGGAUAUUGAUCGUUUUCUAAAGUGUAAUCAACUACAAGAUGGUGGGACUCAAUUAAGACGAAGACGGAAGAUCCUUAUGGAAGGACUAGCAUCAUCUAUCCAACUCGUUGAUCCACUGGGAAAGAAUGGAAGCAAAGUUGGGCUUGGUGCUAAGGAUGAUGUUGUUUUCUUACGGUUAGUGUCUAUACCCAAAGGGCGUAAACUUGUGUCUAAGUAUCUUCAGCUACUUGGUUCUGGUAGUGAGCUUAUGCGGAUAGUCAGCAUGACCAUCUUUCGUCAUUUGAGAUUUUUAUUUGGUAGUCUACCAUCCGAACCUGAAGCUGCCUUGACUACAAGUAACCUUGCUAAGGUUGUUUGUAAGUGUGUUCAGGGAAUGGAUCUUGGUGCCCUAGGUGCUUGUCUUGCAGCUGUAGUUUGUUCCACAGAGCAACCUCCUCUACGCCCCCUUGGAAGCCCAGCUGGAGACGGUGCCUCCCUUAUUUUAGUAUCUGUUCUUGAGAGGGCCACUGAACUUCUUACUGAUCCCCAUGGUGCUGGCAGUUAUAUAGCUAAUCGUUCAUUUUGGCAGGCCUCAUUUGAUGAAUUUUUUGGCCUUCUCACAAUGUAUUGCAUGAAUAAGUACCAGAGUAUCAUGCAAUCACUGCUUGUACAAGGGACGCCUAAUGUGUCGGGAAUUGGAUCUGAUGCUGCUAAAGCAAUUAGUAGGGAAAUGCCUGUUGAACUCUUGCGUGUAAGUCUUCCUCACACCAAUGAUAACCAGAGGAAAUUAUUACUAGAUUUUGCUCAGCGCUCUGUGCCUGUGGUUGGAUUUAACAAUUAUACUGGGAGCAGUGGGGGUCAUGUGAACUCAGAGACUGUGCUUAGUUGAUAGUUGAUAGUUGUGCUGAUCUCAUCAACUGUACAACCUUGCGUCUGUACUUGUUGAGUAUAUAUGGAGCAAUCUGAAGUGGAAGUUGCUUCUGUGGCAAAUUCUCUGCCCCUUCUGUAUAUUUAUCAUAAUGCCAUAACAAUAUGGUUGCAUUGUGAUAUAUCUGCAAUCAGGCUCUCCGUGUAUCAUGAUAUAUUCAGCUUGAUCUGUUCCCUCUUGUCUUUUCUUUUUCUCAUGACAGGGGAGCUUACUUUGUUACUGUGUGGCUGGUAUAAACUCUUAGUGGUUAGCCUGUACAGGUUUAGGCACAUUUGAUUCCCAUGUUCCCUUUCUAUUAUAUAUACAAGGCGUGGGGUGGGGUGUAUUCAAAUUUACUUCUGAUAAAUAGGUCACCAUUCUGCUGGAAAUGGCUCUGGGUGCCAUGAACUUUACUGGGAAAACAUGUUUAAAAGUUGCUGGUGUACUGAAGAACAUAGGAACUAAUGUGGAAUAAAUUAUGUUGAUGCAUAAUUUUAUCUCAUCAUUUCCUAAAUUAACUUGCUGAUAUGUUUUCUUAUA